UUCGUUCAUUCUGGUCUCUGCUCGACCCAGCAGAGGUCGUCAGAACCUCUAUUAGCUGCUUGUCAUUGUGCCUCAUCACUUGUUCGCCUUCAGUCGCAACCGUUCUGGUAACAGGCGUGAUCUCUUUCUGAAGGGACACAUCUCCAUCCCCCGCCUGCGUUUAUUUCUGUCGCAAGGAUGACCAUCAGAGAGCGGAACAUUACAGCUUCGACACCGAACUAAAUGGACUCUAAAAUGAACAGCUUGUGAACACGGGCGCAUCCUCUGCCCGCACGGCGCAUUCAUUUCCCAGUGUGUGCGUUUCGACGGGCAUCUUCGCUGAAGACGCAUCGCCUUUAAAGUUUCAAUGCUGCUGUUCGGGCCAUCAAAGCGACACAUAGGAGAAGACCACACUUUGGGAACUGGAAAGGACUGGUUAUCAAAUGUCUUUUGAGGGUCCAAUACUGUUGAGCAUAUACAGGAUAGACAGAUGGCCUCAAGAAUUACGUGUAACCAUUCCUACAUCUUGGUUACCGGUGGGGAUGACAAGCCACGGGCUCUGGGUUGGUCGGAAUGUAUAGAUGCUGGGAUUGGCUUCACCUUGUCUGUACAGAUGAACGGCAAGAUAUUUGGCCAGGAAGGAGUGAUGACCAAGAGUCUCUUGGCGUUUGGGAUGAUGUUACUGCUUGUGCAGUCGGUUUUUGCCAUUGAUGACACGGGACGCUACGAGUCCUUGGGCCAGUCGGCUCUGCAGCGAGAACCGUCCGGUGCCUCCAACGUGUCGGCCACCUUGGCUUCGGUGGUGGAGGUGUCUUCAGCGACGGCGGAGGUGUCUCCAUCAGCUGCAGGUGAGGAUGAUGUGGCCAGGUCUGUCGGGAGCGUCCGACAGGAGGCCGUCUACUUAUCGCCCGUGCUCACUCUGGCGGCCGGGACUGACACAGAGCCUCGAGCAUUAGUGCAGUCGCUCCCCACCUCGCUCGGCAACAGUGGCCAACCGACCAAUCGGAAACCCGCAGAAGAGCCCGCCAAAAACACAGACCCUCCGUCCACGGCCCCCAAGGGAAAUAACAUUGCUGUCACCAGUUCAGAGGAGGUACUUGAUUACCCACGAAAUCCUGACCUGCCUACCUCCUCACUGGCCUCCCUCUUGGACCUGGAGGAGACGGACACAUCCCCGCUGGUCAGCGCGGUGAGCUCCCUCUCCCCGGGCCUGUGGAAUAGCACCUCUCCUGCUGCAGGGGCGAACACAACCUCGCCCACGACCGCGUCUCCAAGCGGCCCAGACACUGUGACCACUGAUAGUCUCCAGCUCACGACCGUCACCACAACGACCGUGACACCCCUGACUGUCGCCACAACGACUGUGACGCCCUCAAGCGAUGCCACGCCAUUGAAAGAAGUUGAGAAGGCAACGGAGGACGCCAUGACAAGGACGAUGACGGUCCUGCCUUCCACGACCACAGAGCAGGUGUCUACCUCUGCUAAAACCACCGCCGUGGCAACUGAUCCCAUCACGACCAAGCCACCAACGACACUACCACCAACAACAACAACAACCACGACCACAACAACAACAACAACAACAACAACAACAGCACCAACAACAACAACAACAACAACAACAACAACAGCUCCACCUCCGACCACCCUGUUGACGACAACAACUACGACCACUACCAGUGCUCCAACCACAACAACGAGCGGGACUGUGAAAAACAUCCCAGGACCUACCUCCGAUGGCACCACCUUCACCUCUGACAAUGCACCUCUACCUUGCAACAUCACUGAACGGAUGUUAGUUAAAACAGUUUUGUCCAUUCAGAUGACGCGGAACAGGCUGGAGCACCCCAUGAAACUGAACCUGCUGAAAGGCCUCUCCCAGGCGCUACAGAAGGCCCUCAAUGACAGCGACAUACGAGUGCAGAUUGAGAAGGAGGUGUGCAACACCUCCAAUGUGACUCUGGGCUACUAUGUGGCGAGUGACAAGACUGUGUACAUAGCAUCAGUGGUGGUGGAUGCCCUGAACGCAUAUGGCUUCGACAAGCUGCUCACGGACAUACGGCAGCAUGUCCCUGUGGUGGAGGCCAUGCUCCUUCCUGUCGACCCCUGGCUGGACAGCCCAGGAGUACACCUGCAGCUGAGAACCGUCCUGAGGUUUGUCAGCUCAACAGACAAAAUUAGGUCUUGCAGCUUCACGCAAAUGAUGGAGCAACGUUUGGAGAGCGCUCUCGCCGAGGCGCAGGACAAAGGAGAGAACACCUAUGGCUCCCUCACGGUGGAGAUCCAGGGGGCGUACCAGGCAGAGGGGUCACCCUCGGUGUACCUCAUCUAUGUCGUCCGGAAUGGGAGCUCCAUCCUCAACGGCACCGUCUCCAGUGGUCUCCUCAACCAGCUGACUGCAGAGGUGGUGGGCUACUUCCUGUUGUAUCCACCACUGAUCAUCGCUGAACCCCUGGAAUACCACAACCUCAACACCUCCGUGGCCACUAGAGAAUACUGGGUAAUCACAGUAAUUCAGGACGUGGACAGCUCCACUCUGGAGGCGAGCUAUCAGAGCUUUGCCAGUUUAAUGGAGCAGCGUCUGGCCGAGCUCUUCCUGGUGGCCAGCCGUCACGGCCUGCGCUUCAGGAGAGCAGCCACUGUCGAAGGGUACACUGUCCAGAUGGUUAACAUACGGCGGCUCCCUGGCCCAAAGAAUCCCGCCGAGAUGACCUACUACGUCCAGCUGGAUGGUGUGCCAAUCACUGGCACCUCUACAGCCAAGACCUUGAACACGGUGGACUCACAGACCAUGGCGCUCACCCUGGGCUACUUCGUCCAGCUGCAGGCAGACCCCGUGGUGAAAAGCCUGCCGAGCAACCUGUGGAUCAUGGCGGUGUUGACGCCCGUCUCCCUGGUGAUGGUCCUUAUCGUCAUGGCGGUGGCCCUCGUGUGCCGCAGGAACCGGUCCGUCUUCAAGACCAGCGCCUUCCGGGGCUUCCACCCACGUACCAAGACAUCAUAUCGGAGGGAGGGCAGUUAUCACCACCAGCCAGUGCAGGGCUUCGACUACGCCAAGAAGCACAUGGGCCGACCGGGCGAGGAGCCUCUGUCCGUCACCAAGGAGACGCUGGUGCUGUCCCUGCCUGUGCGGGACGCGCCCUUGGCUGCGCAGGACAGGGCGGGGCACCCGGACGCCGGCACGGCCUCCAAGAGACCGCAGUCCACCGAGAUGCAGAGGAGGUUGCCAAGCGAGGACGGCUCUGUCUCCAGCAACGAGUCAGGGAAGCUGAACACGGGCAGGAGCUCGUCGGCAAGGAGGGCUGCAGCAUCAAAGGGCAGCAAGGUGGACGCGCACACAAGGACCGAGCACUACGACUCCCUGACCGGCUCACUCCGACUCAUCUCCAUCAAACCCAUGGCCGCCCCGCCCACCUACUCCUAUCCGGUCUCAUCCAAUCACAGCCAAGACUCAGUCAUGCUCAACGGCGAGGCGAAUAUGGGCCUGAAGCAGAAGUCGGACAUCGAGCACUACCGCAACAAGCUGCGGCUCAAAGCCAAGCGGAAAGGCUACAGCGAGGCCGGCGUCAGCACCAGCAGCAGCAGCGGGGGCAGUGGCCACGCCUACAACCACCGCGACAGAGACCGGGACCGGCUGAGACGAGACAACGGGCCCCUGGACCUGGAGGACGCGAUCGGCCCCGCUGCAGACGAACGGAACCCGUCCACCUACAUGAAAUACCGCCGGAGUGACUCCCACACCAGGGAUCCGUCCUACUGGAGCAGGCAGUCUCUGAACAGCGUAAGUCCAGUGGAGACGGAGAUGGACCUGCUGGUGAUGAGAGAGAGGUCCAGGAGGGGCAUCCGCAACAGUGGCUAUGACGGUGAGCCCGAGCCCUUCGAGGAGACCGACGUGGACCGGCUGAUGAGCUCGCUGGGCUUUGGCGGCGGAGUGGUCGGAGGCGUUGGGGCUGUGAGCGUGGGCGUGGGUGGGAAGGGCCACUCGGAUUCCUCCACGCUGAGCUCGCAGCCCUCCAUUGACGAGGUGCGGCAGCAGAUGCAUCUGCUCCUGGACAGCGCCUUCGGCCUGGCGCCCGCCGAACCCUCGGCCGUGGUGGCCUCCUCCUCCGCUGCCGCCGUCGGCGUGACCGCCAACGGGCACCCCCAUCACCACCACCACCACCACCACCACCACGGCCAGCACAGCUCCUACGCCGCCCACCACACCAGCCCUUACGCGGAUGGAGUGACCAGCGCCCCGGGGACCAUGAACCACCCGGCCGCCGUCCUGCAGAGGGGCUCAUCCUUUGAACCGGACAUGCACCAAUGUAGCCUGCCCAAACCAGCGGAGCAGGGCUUCAGGUUCACCCAGCUUCCUGACAUGGGUUUGGGCUCGCCACCCCCUCUAAUCCCCGCCAGGCCUGGGCCCCCUCCUGGAACCUCCCUGAGGCGCUCCACUCCCGACGUCAGCCUGAAGCCCAGAGUGUCUGAGGCGUCGGACCUGCCGAGUCAGCACAACGGAGCCCCCUACCUGCCACUGAACAGAGCACCCUUCCCUGCUGUCACUGUGGACCAGUCCUUGACAAGCUACUCAGGAAACCCAAUGACAGCAGUCUACGCCAUAUCUGCCAACCGGCCCGGAUACUCUGACUACUUUGUUGUCCCUCCGUCGUCAUCUUACCGAAGCCCCUCCUGGAUGUCCUACCCCCCAGAGCCCGAGGAUCUCACUCACCAGUGGAACGACACCGUAAAGAACCAGUGUCACUUGGAGACCAUCUGCUGAAGCGUGCCGGUCGCUAGCACAGAGAGGAUAUAACAAGACACCUGGUACACUACAAGGCCUCACUCCAUCUGCGGAGCCCCAGAACAGUUUUACUGCUCUCUCUCGUUCUCUCUCUCUCUCUCGUUCUCUCUCUCUCUCUCUCAAUCUCUCUCUCCCUCUGUCUCUCUCUUUCCCUCUCUCUCUGGCCUGGUUUGGUCCGCUCCCCUGUGGGGCCCCAGCGCUCCUCUCUGCCCUCGGCGCCUCACCUGCCCUGCCCAGCAGAGCCUUGUAGAACACACAGACGAAGCCAUGUCCCAGCCUCUGCCUGGGCAACCUGUUGCGGCUGCUCACGCAGGCCAAACUGUGUUUUCUUUUAUUCUUUAUUGGCUUUUUCUCCCUUUUUUAAUUUUCUGCUUUCUUGAUUAUUUGAAUCUUUGAAUAAUUGAUAGAAACAAGUGUAUUUUUUCCAGUGAUUUAUUUUUUACUUUUGUCCUUUAACCUUCUUAGUUUCUAAGUGUUGGGUAUCAGUGUACUUUAUUGUGUUAUUUGCUCUCAUGCAUUGCAAUUUCUUCAUGCAAAGGUAAAUAUUACAGGCUUACUGCAGGUGAUACUUUUGUGCACUGAAUUUGGAACAAGAAAAAGAAACAUGGUGUCUGAGUAAUAAGGUUCCUUGAUCUGAAGAGAAUGUUGCUAACAUGCUAAUAACAUCCUCAUAACCUCUCUCAGCCGCUUGUGAUGUUAACGUCUCCAUUUUGUCUUCUGCUGAAGAAACAUGCUAUUGUCUCGUUUUGUUUCAUAAACUGCGCCAGUGGGAUUGUGCCCUGCACCAUUGUGAUUUGGCUGUCUUUGAGACCUCUGUUCAUGUUUAACAAGAAUUGGGGGUAGGGGUGGGUGUAUGGAGUGUUGAGGUGUUUUCUUUUCAGACGAGGGCUGAUAUUAACUAAUGUGCUUUUCUGUACUCCUGCUCAUUCGCCACAGGCGGGUGAAGCUUUUGUUUUCAACGUUCUGCCUUAUAUCUCAAAGGUACCAAAAUGUAGAUUACUAAUUUCAGAGCCUAUGGGAUAGUGUUUUAGAAAAACAACCCUCUGAGACUGAACUUAAAUCUUACCGUAUACCAGCAAUAUAUGAGAUAUCACGUUUCAAAGUCGUAAUGAUUAAAACUUGAAUUUAUUGCAUAACUUUUACGACGACCCAUGCAAAUGUUAAAUAGACAAUUUGUGUUAAGAAUAAAAGGGAAAUUUAAUGCCAACCAGAGGGCCUAAUAAGUCAGGAUACAGACCAGUUCCAGUGUUAUGUGCAAUGAGGAAAGUGCUUUCCAUAAAGGUGAAUACUGUGUUACAAAGUCUGCUUUUUUGGGCAUGUGUUCUUUCAAGAACUAAUGGUUUUUUGGAUGCAUGCUCUCUGAGAAUGUUUCAUGCCAUGGCUCUGUAUGCAAGAUAGCUUUGGAUGUGGAAUCCACAUUCCCAUCUUUCUAGAGAGAAAUGGAGAUCCAGAGCUAGUGUUGUUAGUGUUACUACUCUCCCAUGGGAGGUUGACUUCUCGUUUCGAAAUGCCAGUAUUCAAGAUGAGAGUGUUUCCCCUCCACAUAGGUAUUCUUUUUUGUUUUUAAAGGGAAUCAUUGCCAGAAGCAUUCUGCUCAGUGUCUUGGAAUCUAUUCCUGUGAUCAUCAAUCUGUGAUAGAUUGAGUCUAAACUGGAAAUUCUUCUUCAUCUUAUAUGUUGUACUGUACUGUAUAUGGGAUGUUUAGAAAAACAAAUCUCGGUUAUCUCUUUUGUAACUGGGUAGAGAUGAGGCGGUGGUGCUUCGAUGGUCACUAUUGCUACUCAGUUUUAUACUGUAAAAUACUUUUCCUUUUUCCUUUCUGGACUAUUUUUGUAUUAAUUAAUUGGAUAAUUCGCUGACCCCCUUUCUUUUGAACAGGUAGCAUUUCAACAGCGUUUGUUGCCUAUUUGCAGUACAGUCAUCUUACAAGGAUAUUAUUUCAAAGUGUAAAAAACGGAAGUAGACCUUAGUGUGAACUUAUGUGGGGAAAAAGAAAUAUGCUAUGUAUGUAUUUCCACGACUCGUAUAUACUAAGAUGUCAACCUUGAUUUCCACACAUUCAUCUUUUAACAAUCCCUUUUGCCAGAUGUAUAUUUUCACCUAACAAAUCUUGUAAAAUUAACAGAUGUGAAAACGUUGCUAUUUACAAAUCAACACAGAUUUCUGUGUUGUCUCUAUGUUUCAAUAUCAUCUGUGAUGCUAUUCUCUCUCUCUCUCUCUCUCUCCCUCUCCCUCUCCCCCCUCUCUACUGUAUCUAUCUUUCACUUGUUCAUUUUAACAUGUAAAUUAAAAAAAAAUCCAAUAAUUUUACAACCAGUUACAGUCAGUUCCAUUUGUGUUUUGAGACUCAUUUUGUUUGGUUGAGUUACACAUCAAUGGAAAUAAAACAAAUAUUACAGAAAGUAUAAUAAAUUUGAUCAUUUAAAAAUAAUAAUAAAAAUGCUGAAAACA